CCUGGACCAAGAGUCCACCUCCGAUCAUUACACUGACAAGCCCUAAACCAAAGUGUCCUUUACUGUCAUUUAACUUAUUUGAAUUAACCUGAGCUUUAAAUUUAAUUUAAAAAAAAUGGAAAUGAAAAGGUAUCCAAAUGAUGGGUGCUGUGAGAGAUUACAUUUAGAUGUCUGUGUUGAUCAGCACACCCCACGGCAAGGAAUAUUAGAACUUCUUAUGAAACUGAGGCCAGAGUGGAAACCAGAAGAUAUUCAUAUUAAGGCUUUCACUGAGGGCAUCACUAACCAAUUAAUGGGAUGCUAUGUUGGCUCUCUGAUGCAAGACCCUGUUUUACUGGUGAGGGUUUAUGGACAGAUGACUGAGCUUUUUAUGGACCGAGAUAAGGAAAUGGAGAUGUUCCAGGUGUUACACAAACAUGGCUGCGGCCCGGAACUGUACUGCAGUUUUACCAAUGGUAUCUGCUAUGAGUUUGUCAAAGGAGUUGUGCUGGAUGACACACUGCUUAGACAGCCGUCUGUUUACAGAUUGAUUGCAACAGAAAUGGGGAAAAUCCAUUCAAUAAAGUCUGGAGAAACUGGAAACAGUUCACCCGUUUUGUGGUCUAGAUUGUCCCAGUUCCUCAAUCUGGUCCAGAGUUCUGAUGCUCCUGAACAGCAAAAAUCCAGUGCCCAUGUGGAGAUACCAAGCCUUAAAAUCAUCAUCAAAGAGAUGGAGGAACUGAAGAGUCAUCUUACCCUCAUCAACUCUCCAGUAGUACUGUGUCACAAUGACCUACUGACUAAAAAUGUCAUCUAUAACCAAGAAGAAGGUGCAGUAAAAUUCAUUGACUAUGAAUAUGCAGAUUUUAAUUACCAAGCAUAUGAUAUAGGAAACCAUUUCAAUGAAUUUGCAGGUAUCAAUAAUGUUGACUCCAGCCUGUACCCUAGCUAUGAACUUCAGUUUGAUUGGCUAACUGCUUAUCUGGAGAGUUUCAAGUGGUUCAAUGGUGGUAAUUCAACUGUGACCAAGAAAGAAGUCCUGGAACUUUAUGUACAAGUCUGCCAGUUCUCCUUGGUGGCUCAUAUUUUCUGGUGUCUAUGGGCUCUCCUGCAGGCAAAACAUUCCACCAUUGACUUUGACUUCCAGAGGUAUGCCAUGGCUCGAUUCAACUACUACUUUGAAAAGAAGCAAGAGUUCUUUGGAAUGAAGCUUCCUUGAUUCUUCUACCACCCUAGUGCAAGAGGUUCUGAAAGAGCCUAUCCAUCCUAAUAUCACACAUAUUCUUCCUAUAUUUAGUUUAAGUAUGAACAAUGAUCAAAUUGAUUUGUAGGACUGAAAGUUAACAGACAUUUGUUUUCCUGUUACAACCCAUUCUUACCCAUUUGGAAUUAUGAAACAGGUAUUGUGAUCAAGGCAUAUUAAAUUUAAAAAUCAGUCAUUCAAGUACAGCUCCCAUCUCCUUGAAUGGGGAAGCAUAAAAAAAAGAUUUAAAAAAAAGCUGUUUACCAAGUGUAAGAUUAAAUUUAAUAUUUGAAGGCACUGAUGAAAUCUGAAAAUAACUCUCACAUAAAUUUAGUUUAAUUA